CUGUCCAGGUCCAGGGGGUGAGAAGCAGGGAACGAAGCGCGUGGAUCGAAAGGUCGAGCGGAGGAGCGAUAACUCGAGAAACAUUAAAUUCGCGUUCAGUCGUUGGCACGAAACAAGAGGCGCGACACCGUCCUCUCUCGAGGCCCGCUCGAGAGCCGAGUCGUGGUGAAUAGAUCCUUCGAACUCGAGAAUCGAAAGGACGACGCCCGACGAGGCUGUUGCUCUGGUUACGUACACGCGUACGUGUCUGGUGCAUACGAGCCGCGAGCGCAGAAAACCGGUAAUAACGCGUGGUGGGGUGGAUUAUAGAUAGGGUGGGAGAGGAACAGGUGAGAGAAUCCGCUGGUGCCAACGGCCGUAAGGAAUGUUGAAUCCGAAGGAUACGGAGAUCAUGUCCGAGGAAACGAAAGACGUCGCCGAGCAGAGAAUCGACAUCGAGAAGCCGUACUGGGAUCAGAGCACUUAUGGGGGUAGGGCGCUCCAUUUUCUCCGCGUGACCAACCCUUUGAACGUCUUCGCCACUAAACAGCAGCUGGAUCACGCGCAAGAUGUUAUCACCAAGUACAGGAAGGGGGAUAGUCUGGAGCAAUUGGGAAUCACGGAAAAAGAACUGUGGAGAUGCAAGUAUUUGUACGACAGUGCGUACCACCCGGACACGGGCGAGAAAAUGCUGUUAAUAGGCCGCAUGAGUGCCCAGGUUCCAAUGAACAUGACGAUCACUGGCUGCAUGAUGACGUUUUAUCAGUCAACGUCACACGUGGUGUUCUGGCAAUGGGUGAAUCAGUCGUUCAACGCGAUAGUCAAUUACACGAACCGCAGCGGUUCGAAUCCGAUCCCUUUGGGCACGCUUUUAGCGAGCUACGUCGGGGCAACGGGCGGUGCUGUGGCAACAGCCCUGACUUUGAAUCGAGUUUUUCGAAAAGCUCCACGGUUGGUGGGUCGACUGGUACCAUUCGCGGCGGUGGCCGCCGCCAAUUGUGUCAACAUUCCCCUUAUGAGGAGCUCCGAGCUCAGAAAUGGCAUCGAACUGCAAUCGGAAGAUGGGAGGAAGAUGGGUCACAGUAAAGUCGCCGCGAAAGAAGCCAUCACCGCUGUCACAAUAUCCCGAAUUCUUAUGGCUUCGCCCAGUAUGAUAUUGUCACCCAUUAUAAUGAACUACAUAGACCGAAAACGAUGGCUAUGUAACGCGAGAUGGGCCGUAGUGCCCGUGCAAGUUUUAAUUUGCGGAGUAUGUCUAACGUUUGCUACUCCGCUCUGUUGCGCGCUGUUCGUGCAACGGGUACCGAUUCUGGUAGAACGCUUAGAGCGCGAAGCGAAAUUCCAGAUACACUCGAAAGAUCCUUCUCUCGAGACAGUUUACUAUAAUAAAGGCCUGUGAAGAAGGGAACUCUGUUUCUGUCGCGCAAGUACCGCGGAAGAGACUUAUUAUCGCGAUGCUUUUUGCAAGCCGAAUUACGACCCUACCAUGAAAGAUUCUUUUCAAAUCGAGGGGCAAAGUACAGCAUAUCCGACCAUUUUGUUGAUUGAUUCAGUGUAAGAUUACCAAAGCCAAAGGCUUCCAACCAAGGACAAGGGCAAGAAACGAAGACAAUAAAAUAAUGUAAAGAAUUA